GGAGGAGUCCAGGCAGCCCCGGAGGAAGGAAGGCAGUGUCCACACCUGGGACCAAGGUCCCUGGGCACCGGUGGACACGCAUGGCAUGCCCCGGCCCAGGGAGCAGCCCUAAGGGCGUGUCAGCCCUCUGGGCCCUGGCAGUGUGGGAUCGUGUCCACCCAUUCGUGGGACAGGCUGCAGGCAGCGGCCUGACCCAGCCUCUGACUCACCCGCCUAGUGACCAAAUAGCUGGAAUCCUACACCACCACAGCCCAGCUUUUCCCCGCCUCUGGCGAUGGUCAGGAAGUCCCUCCCUAAGUCACACUUCAGGCUGAUAGAGGGUUGCUAGCCGGGCCCCUAGAACUGGACUGCCCUGGCAGGUCCUGAUACUGGGCCCGGAGGCCGCCAUCUCUCCCAGGUCCCUGCUUCUCUUAGGAGAGCCAGAGAGGGGAGGGGCCACUCUUCCUUGACCGAAGUGGGCACACUGGACAGGGCCCUGGCCUGACCCCGGGACCAGGAACAGGGCAUGUCUGGGCCAGCCAUGGCUCCCAAGCGCAAGCCCCCCGCGCAGUGUGAGGGCCCUGACAAGAAGAAGGGACGGCAGGGGACAGAGGAGGACAACUUCCGCUCCACUGCGGAGGCCCUCAAGGCCGCGCCCACAGAGAAGCGCACUGUCCGCGUGGACCCCUCGUGUCCUCUCAGCCGCAAGCCUGGGGCCCAGGUGCAUGGGGACUACGACUGCACCCUGAACCAGACCAACAUCGGGAACAACAACAACAAGUUCUACAUCAUCCAGCUACUGGAGGACGGCGGGCGCUUCGCCUGCUGGAACCGCUGGGGCCGCGUGGGAGAGGUGGGCCAGUCCAAGCUCAGCUACUUCCCGUCCCUGGAGGAUGCAAAGAAGGACUUCGAGAAGAAAUUUAAGGACAAGACCAAGAACAGCUGGGCGGAGCGGGAGCACUUCGUGGCCCAGCCCGGCAAGUACACCCUCAUCGAAGUGCAAGGCGAGGAUGAGGCCCAGGAGGCUGUGGUGAAGGUGCAGUCCCUCUGCACCCAGGUGGACGGAGGCACCGUGAGGACCGUGGUUCAGCGGGUGCGGCCCUGCUCCCUGGACGCACCCACACAGAAGCUCAUCACCAACAUCUUCAGCAAGGACAUGUUCAGUGACGCCAUGGCCCUCAUGAACCUGGAUGUGAAGAAGAUGCCCCUGGGGAAGUUGAGCAAGCAGCAGAUAGCUCGGGGCUUCGAGGCCCUGGAGGCCCUGGAGGCGGCCCUGAAAGGCCAGGAGGACGUGGCCGGUGGCCGCAGCCUGGAGGACCUGUCCUCCCACUUCUACACCCUCAUUCCCCACAACUUCGGCCGCAGCCGGCCCCCGCCCAUCAACUCCCUGGAGCUCCUGCGGGCCAAGAAGGACAUGCUGCUGGUGCUGGCGGACAUCGAGCUGGCCCAGACCCUGCAGGCAGCCCCCGAGGAGGAGGAGAAGGUGGAGGAGGUGCCGCACCCCCUGGACCGAGACUACCAGCUCCUCAGGUGCCAGCUCCAGCUGCUGGACCCAGAGGCGCCUGAGUACAAGGUGAUCCACACCUACUUGAAGCAGACCGGCAGCAGCUACAGGAGCCCAGUGCUACGGCACGCUUGGAAAGUGAACCGAGGCGGGGAGGGAGACAGGUUCCAGGCCCACUCCAUGCUGGGCAACCGCAGGCUUCUGUGGCACGGCACCAACGUGGCCGUGGUGGCCGCCAUCCUCACCAGCGGGCUGCGCAUCAUGCCGCACUCCGGCGGCCGCGUGGGCAAGGGCAUCUACUUCGCCUCGGAGAACAGCAAGUCAGCCGGCUACGUUACCACCAUGUCAUGUGGGGCCCACUGCAUCGCCUACAUGUUCCUGGGGGAGGUGGCCUUGGGCAGAGAGCACCACAUCACGGCUGAUGACCACAGCUUGAAGAAGCCACCCCCCGGCUUCGACAGCGUCGUCGCCCGAGGCCACACAGAGCCUGAUCCCACCCAGGACACGGAGCUGGAGCUGGAUGGCCGGCGAGUGGCUGUGCCCCAGGGCCAGCCCAAGCCCUGCCCCGAGUUCAGCCAUUCCUCCUUCUCCCAGAGCGAGUACCUCAUCUACCAGGAGAGCCAGUGCCGCCUGCGGUACCUGCUGGAGGUGGGCCUCUGAGAGCCACCCUCACCCAGGCCCUGCUGGGGAGAGACUGCCGUCUGUCUUCUCGUCCAGACCCGGCCCCCAUGUCACCGCUUCUCUCUCCCAAAUCUCCCUUCUGUGUCCCAGGCAGUGGUCCCCGCCCCCUCCAAUCCCCACUGCCCUGGCCUGGCUGUGACCCCGAGUCUCGCCUGCUAAAGUGACGUUAGUGAGGGACUGGCGUUAUCCCUGGGUCACAAUGCCCCAGCCUCUUCAGGGCUGUGUCGUUAGAGGGGCACAGGCUGAGGGUGUCAGACCCCUUACCCGCCCGGGCCGUCCACCCAGGCCCAGCCUGUCCAUCCCAGAGGUGUGACCGCCAGUGGAGGCUGGACAGUAGGCAGCAAGUUUAUUAAACACUGUCCGCUCACCCCA